AUGGUGCCUGAGAGUCCCGAGGAGACAGAGCAGUAUGCCCGUGGUUUCCGUAUGUUCCUCUUCGGGACUACCCUAUUCGCCGACAGAGGGAACACGGUUGGGCUAUACCUGCUGAGCGCUCUAGUUGACCUAUCACAGGUCCAUCGAUAUGACUGGGGUGGCGCCGGCCUGGCUACCCUUUACUUUUAUAUGAGCGCGACCUCCCGCGGGCGGGGCGAUUUACUUGGCGGCUACUGGAGAGCCUGGGAGCUAUGGGUCUAUGUAUACUUCCCAUCAUUAGCCCCAGAGCUGGAGGUGGUAGGGAUUCCCAUGACCCCAUAUUCAUUGAUGUUCGAGGGCCCGCACCGGCCGAGACCUCGAGAGACCCUCCUUCGCCUGCGACAGUACUUUGACACUGUGCGACAUUCAGAGAUCACAUGGUAGCCCUGGGUGUGUUUGGGUGAUGGUCUCCGACUUCAGUACACCGGAGCGUCGGACAUCUCCCAAUAUAGGGUCCUGCUCGAAAGGCCGGUUGGCAGGGCCUGGUUCCUGGGGGAACGCUUUCUGCGCCAGGUAUGGGGGUAUCUUUCUCAGGAUAUUCCCGCAGUACCCCCAGCUAGUAUGCGGACCGCUGACAGGCUCUCUUACUCGGAGGUAGUCGGCGCCAUGCUGGGCAGUGAUGCUUUGCUAUAUAUUGAGGAGGGGGACUACGCCACUUACCGUCACAUAUAUUUGAUGCCUCCAUUGACGGGAGCUCAUAUCCCGAUGAUGAGGCCUGCCGGUAUGUCAUCCUCAGGCCAGGCUCGGGCUUGGGCUGCAGACGCCCCUUCUACUAGCAGGGCUGGUACAUCUAGAGGCGGGAGUAGACCGGUUCCUCCGGCUCCGUCGACUCAUCCUCAUCCCGGAUGGCCAGAUAUGCCCACUGAGUUGAUGGCGUGGCAGUACGGGGCUAUCUCCCCGACUCCGAUUCCGCUAGAGCCUCCGAUGCCCAGUGAUCGAUACGCCAUUGAUCCGGACUCACCGCCGGUAUGUUCCACUUUUUCAUUCAUCAUUCA